AUGGAGCCCCAAAGUCCACAUGGCAGCGGUGGGUCCCUAGUGGUGGUGAUUCAGCAGCCUUCCUUGGACAGCAGGCAGCGGCUGGACUAUGAGAGAGAGAGCCAGCCCACGACUAUCUUGUCACUGGACCAGAUCAAGGCCAUCAGGGGCAGCAACGAGUACACCGAAGGUCCAUCUGUAGUGAAGAAACCCGGGCCGCGGACAGCACCGAGGCAGGAGAAGCAUGAGAGGACUCACGAAAUCAUACCAAUUAAUGUGAAUAAUAAUUACGAACACAGACCCAGCCACGUGGGGCACCAGCAUAACGCCAGGGCUCCCGUCUUGAGCAGAUCGACCAGCACGGGGAGCGCGGCCAGCUCGGGGAGCAACAGCAGCGCGUCCUCCGAGCAAGGGCUGCUGGGGAGGUCGCCUCCAUCCCGGCCGGGCUCCGGCCACAGGUCUGACCGGACAAUCCGGACGCAGCCCAAGCAGUCUUCUUUGCUUGUAGAUGACCUGAAGGGUCCUUUGAAAGAGGACUUGACGCAGCACAAGUUCAUCUGCGAACAGUGUGGGAAGUGCAAGUGCGGCGAGUGCACGGCCCCCCGGGCGCUGCCCUCCUGCCUGGCCUGCAACCGGCAGUGCCUGUGCUCGGCCGAGAGCAUGGUGGAGUACGGCACCUGCAUGUGCCUGGUCAAAGGGAUCUUCUACCACUGUUCUAACGACGAUGAAGGGGACUCUUACGCGGAUAAUCCCUGCUCCUGCUCCCAGUCACACUGCUGUUCUAGGUACCUGUGCAUGGGAGCCAUGUCCUUGCUUCUGCCUUGCCUGCUCUGCUACCCUCCCGCGAAAGGAUGCCUGAAGCUCUGCCGAGGGUGUUAUGACCGCGUCAAUCGUCCAGGCUGCAGAUGCAAGAACUCAAACACAGUCUAUUGUAAACUGGAGAGCUGCCCCUCUCGGGGUCAGGGCAAGCCCUCAUGA